AUGGGCUCCAAGCAAGACCUCCGGACAGCAACCUCACCGGUGAUGCUCGUGCAGUUCGAUGAGAUGAGCGCAUCAUGGUCCAACUCGCCUCCGUUGGCAACCCCUGCCUGA